AAAAUCCAAAAAUUAUAAAAAAAAGUAGAGAAAUAAGUGGAAAGAGCUGAAUAUGCCUUCCAUUGAAAAAGUGUCAGCGGAAAAGCACGUCGGAGAUGCUACAGUUUUAACAUACCACAAAGGUCAUGUGUUUUCUGGUGGAAUAGAUGGAAAAAUUAAAAUUUGGGAUAAUGAUCUAAAUCUAAUUCGAUCGGUUGAUGCCCACGAAGCUUACCUUUAUGCUUUGACAGUUAAUAGUUCCGGCAAACUUUACUCGAGCAGCUGUGAUGGUUCGGUAAAAUUUAUGCAACCUCCUUAUGAUAAGGUUGAAGAGCUCUUGCUCUGCGACGACGCAAUAGAAGCCAUGUGCUGCGAAGGUGAUACUCUUUACAUUGGGGAUGAAAAAGGUCUUGUAACUAAUUGGCAAGACGAUAAAAUGCUUCUGAAGUAUAAUUUAGUGGAAGAAGUGAAAUCUUUGGCCGCUGAAAAGGGUUGGAUUUAUACCGUUAGAGAUUGGGAUGUUGUCGUUUCAGAAUUGCUUCCUGGUAAAUCUGGUAAAUAUGUAACACGAGCAGUGUUGGAUGGAAAAUCACCGUUGUGUUUGCUCGGUCCUGUGUUAACCGAUCGACACAAGUAUCUUGCCUAUCCAGAUCGAACGGGAAAGGGUUUGACAUUAGUUAAAAAUCUCUUGGCCGAAAGAUUUUCUAUUGCCUGGCAACUGCCGGACUGCCACGAAAUGAUCGUUAAUGCCUUAUGUGGCGAUGAAAAAUUUUUAUAUUCCGGAGGUUAUGAUAAUAAAGUUAAGGGAUGGACGGACUUGGAUGAAGAGAAACCAAAAGCGCUUGGUGAAAUUGAUCUUGGGAGUUGUGUAAAUUGUUUGUGUUGUGGCAACGAUAAUACAGUAUAUAUAGCUUGCAGUGACGGUAUUAUUCGACGAGCUAAGUUUUUGUAAAAACGGGUUUGAUUCAAUUUUAAGAUCACUUUAAGAUAAUUAUCGAAUAUUUUACCGAAUUGCUCCUGACUUUGCUGUGUAUCUCUCUGAUUUCAAAUGUGUUGUAUUCUGGGAAGUGGCAUGUGUAGCUAUUCCUGGUGAUGGUGUACCCUUGAUAUAGAGUUGAGAGUACGUUGUCCGGAUAGAUGUUAAAGGAACUUUAAGAUGCACAAUUUUGUAAAAUAUAAGCGCUGCACUUUUGUGUCUUCCAGCUAUACACACACACCCUCACACACACACACACACACACACACACUGCAUUGCAUAUGCAAUAAGCUUUCGUGUCUUUGCGAAUAGAAGGCAGGAUUUUAUUUUUGAUAUUUGUUUGCAUUUUUUCCUAUUUUGCUUUGCCGCAUAAUUACAAAAUAUAUGUUAGCGAAGGGAUGAGUCGACGCUAAUGAAGCCC